UUUAUAAGGGGAAAGGAUGGCAGUCAAAACUUCUUCAGUUGACCAGGUUCUUGAUGCACUGGGAGGUGCAGGACGGUACCAGCUGUUUCAGUACUUCGUGUGUAUGUUGUCGGCAUUGUCAGCGUCCUUCCAGCUUCUCAACAUCGUGUUUGUGGGUAGACAUGUGGCCCAUACCUGCAAACAGCCGGUCAAUAUAUCUGAUAUCUACCACGUCAUUGACAAUGAACUCUAUCAAGCCAACAACAGUAAGAUCUACUUUGAGAAAUGUAACAUACGGGUUGAAGCCAACAUUUCUGGCGAUAUCUCCACCUCCGAUUUGUCCUGUAUCUAUGGUUACGAGUAUGUGGAAGGGAAAGAUACCUCGCUGAUGUCUGAUAUGGACAUCGUGUGUGACAGAGCACAUUUACGCGGAUUUGCCCAGACGCUUCUCAUCAUAGGGCAGGGUAUUGGAGCGUUCGUCCUUCCCGUCUUCUCGGACCAUUAUGGCCGCCGCCCUGUGCAGCUCUUGUCCCACCUUUGUUUUCUGGGAUUGGGCGUGGGCGUCGCCUUCGCCCCUACCUACACCGUAUUUCUUGUAUUACGAGUGUUCUUGGGUUUUGUACAACAGGGAAUAGUAUUGACGAAAAUGACAAUAAGCAUUGAGAUGUUCCCCUCUCGUCAUCGGAAGCUGAGUGGCCUCUUUGGCUCUAUAAUGUGGACGUUUUGCACCGCAUCCAUCGCCCUGAUCGCCUACCUGAUGCAGACCUACUCCUGGAGAAUUACACAGCUUGUGUACUGUUCUGUGUCCUUAUACGUCUUCGUCCAGUUCUUCUUACUGGACGAGUCUCUGUCCUGGUUGAUCACCAACAACAAGACCAAGCAAGUCACUAAGAAUCUCAAGAAAGCAGCUCGCAUCAGCGGUAAGGACUAUCAAACAGUUUUGAAUGUUUACAAGAACAUACAGAAACAACAGGAAUCUGAGAACAGCCUCACUGAAUCUUUACUUGGAAGCAAAGACCGGGGCCUCAAUGGAAAGAAGAUGACUCUGAAAGAAAAGGAUAAGACUAAGCCUUCAUUCUUAGACCUGAUGAAAAGAAAACGACUGGCCGCGAAUGUGUUUGUAUUGUGGUUUGUAUGGAUAACAGACAGUUUAACAGUGUUUGGACUAUUCAUGAUGUCCCAUUCUCUCGCUGGCAGCCCCCACGUCAAUUUCGUGCUUUACUCUCUCCUUGAGGCUCCGUCAGUUCUUGUCUUCUACUUCAUGGUCGACAGAUAUGGUCGCAAGAAGACAAGCAUGACUCUACAUGGCACCGCUGGUAUUGCUCUGCUUGCGGCAACAGUCUGCAAAUCUGUAGGCAAAGGCAGCUCAUGGUCUCCGAUUGCUGUCACAGCCUUCUCUUGUAUCGGGAUGUUCGGGGCGGCGGGAGCAUGGGGAACGUCCUUCUUCUUCACACCAGAAAUGUUUCCAACGAAUCUGAGAAAUGUUGGACUGGGGACUUCGUCUGCCUGUUCUCGGCUUGGUGGGAUGUUGGCUCCUUUCUCGAGUCUCCUUGCUGAACACGUGGAGUGGGCCCCUGGAACCAUCUUCGGAGUGUGCUGUCUCCUAGCUACCCUCCUCGUGAACGUCCUGCCAGAGACGAUGGGGAGAGAACUCCCGCAAACCGUGGACGACGUGGAAGCAUGGCACAAGAAGACGGACGCCAAAACAGCUAAAGAUAUGGACAAUUCUCCUUAGUGUCUUGGAACUGAGAAUUUCCUGACCCUAUAUUCAAGAAUAUAAUAAUGAUGUGCGAAAUUCGGUUCAUUGGGUUAAGAAGCACACCAUACAUUGUUGUGAAAAAACACAUAUAUGAUUGUAAACCAAUAGUGAGUUUUUUUCCACAAUCUGAUUGGUUAAUUAUCCUUGUCGAAUAGUGUUCGACAUACCUGAAAAUGAUGGCCUAAUAACCGCACAUUAAUACGUUGGCACUAAUACCGUACUACUUUCGCUGCAUGAAUUUGCAUAAUGGAGGAACAUUAUCACCUCAAUUUCUUUCCCUGGGAUUUUGAUACAAUCUUUGAAGAUGACAAAGUCUUGGAAGAAUUAUUCAAAGAUGAUGGUGACAGGUGUAUACAAUCACAUGGCACAUAGUCAUAUGUGAUCAGAUAAUAGUAAAGUGAUUGAAGAGCCAUAAAAUAAUACCCUUCAACAUUGUUCAAUGAUGUUAUUCACAAAUGAACUGCUCUGCAAAUUUCAA